UUGCCUCUAAGCUUCUCCUUGUUCUUCAUAUGUUCUUAUUCUUCUCCACCACCAUCAUUUUCUUUUUUUUUCUAAAAAAUAAAAAAUAAAAAUCUCACCUUUUAAACCCACAAAACCAUAAAUUUCUCAAAACCCCAAAUCUUUUUUUCCUCUCUUCCUAUGCAAUAACACAAAAAAAAAAAAAAAAAAAAAAAAAAAAACAAUAUUUUUUUGGUAACAUCAAUAUGCUUCUUCUUCAUCAUAAUCUUGGAAAUUCCUUUGUUAUAUUUACAUUUUUUCUAUGUUCUUUAUGUCUAUUGAUAGAAGCAAAUUCAUCUAUUUAUGAAGUUCUUAAAUCCCAUGGAUUACCAAUGGGAUUAUUACCAAAGGGUGUGAGGAAUUUUACAUUAGAUAACUCUGGUAAAUUUGUGGUUCAUUUAGAUCAACCUUGUAAUUCAAAAUUUGAGAAAAAAGAAAAUGAAUUACACUAUGAAAGAUAUGUAUCAGGGACUUUAAGUUAUGGACAGAUCGAUUUAAUUACUGGUAUUUCAGCUAAAGAUUUGUUUUUGUGGUUUCAAGUCAAGAAAAUAUAUGUAUCUUCAUCAAGUUCUGGUGUCAUUUACUUUGAUGUUGGAGUUGUUUCUAAGCAGUUUUCAUUAUCUUCAUUUGACAAUCCAAAAGAAUGUGUUGCUGUUCAGGUUACUACAGAUCUUGAAGAUGAUGUUGCCAACUCUAAGAGUCUAUCCAGGAAGAUUCAAUACAAGCUUGAUCAGGGGAAGAAUAUUGGCAGUGCUGUUUUGUAGAAUAUGCUGGUCAAAAAUUUGGUUACAAGAAUUGCACAUAGCUCAAUCAAGUUCUUUGGAUGUCUGUCAUUCCUUGUAUGUAAAUGUCUGCAGAGAGUUUUGUCUGUCACAAAUUGUGCUAUGCUGGUUUGCUAAAGACAGAUGCGAAUUCAGAAUCUAGAGUCAGUGAGUGAAAGUUGGAAUCGAAUAUUAGAAAUUGGAGGAAAACAAGAGAGUUGAUGCCAAUUGCUACAAGGGCAUCUUAGAGUACAUGGGGGUAUAGGGGGAUACAGGUCAUCUGCUCAAAAAUGUGAAAUUUCUUUCUCAGAUAAGGUUUGUUUCUUUUGUUGGAUUCAUUUAUGGACAUAGUUAUAAAUUAUCACUUUUUGUAGUUGGAGACAUAGAAUAUGAAAUAAUGAAAUAAAUUUGCAUUUUUUUCUUUCUUGUACUA